AGAUCACUAAUCCUCUUAUUCAUGUUCUCAUUCUAUGAAUAACAAUGGGUGUCCAAUCCUCUCGCGUAUAUAUAGACGCCUGAAAAUAGGUCGAUUGCGUUAUUAACUAACUUGUGAUUUGGCGAUAGCACACUCCGGGGUCAAAAGGAACGGACCGAGCGAUAGUAAUCCCGCAAAGACAUGCCACCAACACUCACAGGUGAUCUUGGUCCGUCUGUUACCCAGCAUGUGGGAUGACUGCGAAGAAGUUCGUCUUGCGUAACUUGAGUCGCUUAAAAGGCAGGUGGCUCAAGCAAGCGAGUUAUCCAUGAAGGAAGAAGAUACGGUCCAGACGUUCGAGGACGCGCCCGUCGUCCGGGAUGCAAGACUCGAACGAGUGUUGGUGUGCAAACUCGACAUGCGGAUGCUCCCAACGGUAUUCCUGAUCUUCAUUAUGAACUACAUUGAUGUGGGCGUAGCAUUUAUCCAGAGGCUCGCGAUCACGACUGCACGACUCAAGGGGCUCGAAGACGACCUAGGACUCACAGCCGGCGGGGGGACAGACCUAGAAUACUCAGUAAUCCUGUCUGUCCUCUACGCAACCUACUUCCCAGCCCAGAUCCCCUCCAACAUGGCGCUAAAUUACAUCACACGGCCCUCACUCUACAUCGGCGGAUGCGUCGUCUUCUGGGGCCUUAUCAGCGCCCUGACGGGCGUGACGCACUCCUUCCGAGGGAUCCUCGCAUGUCGACUGUUCCUCGGUAUACCAGAGGCGGCGUUCUACCCAGGGACGAUGUACAUGCUCUCGAGGUGGUAUACAAAGAAGGAGCUGGCGUUUAGGUCUGCGAUUUUGUAUUCGGGAUUGCUCAUUUCGAAUGCGUUUGGUUCGUCGAUAGCAGCAGGUAUCCUUGGUGAGAUGGAGGGUAAACGAGGAAUACGCGCUUGGAGAUGGUUAUUUUACAUCGAAGGAUCCAUAACAAUCUGCAUUGGUCUCUUGAGCAUGUGGCUGCUCCCUGACUAUCCACACAACACACACUGGAUGUCGCCCGGAGAACAGAGUUUAGCCCAAGCUCGAAUUGCAGAAGACGCCGGCGAAGCGGACAAAGAUAAUAAAGAGGACACUCCUCUGCACGGACUGAAGCUAGCGCUCAAGGACCCGUUGGUAUACGUGUUUUCGAUCAUGAACAUCGCGCAGCUGCUUGGUCUGAGCUUUUCCAACUUUUUCCCGACGUUGACGGAAACAUUGGGGUUCUCGACCACAGUGUCGUUGCUACUCUGUGUUGCUGACUCCCGCUUGCAGACCGCCGUGGGUGUCUUCUGCAAUUAUAGGACUGGAGAACGGUUCUUGCACAUUUCCGGGUGGUGGUGGGUGGUGAUCGUAGGCUUCAUCAUUGCGCUGUCGACAAUGCACACUGGUGCACGGUACGCGUCGCUGUUCCUGAUGGCGUGUGGCUAUACAGGGUUCGCGUUGACGCUUGUUUGGGUGUCAAAUGUCAUCGUCCGUCCACCGGCAAAAAGGGCCGCUGCCAUGGAUAUAGUAAACGGAGUCGGAAGCUUGGGUUUUUUGAUAGGAUCAUACACAUGGAAGACAGCCUGGAGACCUGAAUACCACCAGUCCAUGGCCAUUUCGCUCGCUGCACUCAUAUUCAGCACGGUGCUCUCCAUAGGCAUCAGACAGAGUCUCAUAAGGGAGAACAAGAGACUCGACAAUGAAGACACAGGAAAGAUUGAUGAACGUAAUGAUCCUGCCCAACCGGCGCCUGUAUUGAAGGAGGAGCAGGUUGAUGUUAAACCUGCAUUGGAGCUGCAGCAGGAAAACAAGACUGCAGAGAAGGAGAAGGAGGAGCCGGCUGGGAGCGUACAAGGGCGAAUAGCUAUGUUUAAGCAUGCCAGGAACGAUGUACAAUGGACAAUGGACGAUAGACGGUCAUUAAGUGAAGAGGGAUGA